GUUUCUGCUGUGAAGCAGAGGAUCUCCGACGAGAAGGGCUGGGACCCCAAGUCCCAGAAGCUCAUCUACUCCGGCAAGAUCUUGAAGGAUGAGGACACGAUCGAGACGUACAAGAUUGAGGAGAAGGGCUUCGUCGUCUGCAUGGUGAACAAGCCCAAGCCCGCACCUGCUGCCGCCGCCUCCAGUUCUGCCAAUGUUCCUCAGACACCCGCUGCCGCACGAACGACCGCGACCCCCGCCGCUCCUCCGGCCCCGGCACACAGCUCUACCGCUCCUGCCGCGCCCGCAACCCCCACCCCGGCCGGCACCGGUGCCGCUGCCCCUGCUGCGAGCAACCUGAACGACCCCAAUGCCAUGGCCAUGGGCGCCGACAGAGAGGGCAUCAUUGCCAAUAUGGAAGCCAUGGGAUUCGAGCGUGCCCAGAUUGACGCCGCCAUGCGCGCCGCCUUCUUCAACCCCGACCGGGCCGUCGAGUACCUGCUGAACGGCAUUCCCGAGAGCGCGCGUCAACCCGCCCAACCCCAAGGCGGAGCACCUGCUGCUCAGGCCCCUGCAGCUUCCGCCCAGACCGCCGCUGCCCCUGCCGAGGGCGGUGAUGAUGGCAGCGUCAACCUCUUCGACCUCGCCGCACAACAAGGCCGCGGUGGAUCUCGCGGCGCUGGCGGCAACACGGGCGGUGCCGGUGCUGCCGCUGCCGCCGCCGCAGCAGCUGGUGCCGCUGGACAGGGUGGUCUUGGCAACCUCGAGUUCUUGCGCGGCAACGCUCAGUUCCAGCAGCUCCGCCAGGUUGUACAGCAACAGCCUCAGAUGUUGGAGCCGAUCCUGCAGCAGCUCGGCGCUGGCAACCCCCAGCUUGCUCAGCUGAUCUCCGCCAACCCGGAACAGUUCCUGAACCUGCUGGGCGAGGAGACAGACGACGACGCUGCCCUUCCCCCGGGCGUCCAGGCCAUUAGUGUAACCGAGGAAGAGAGGGAAGCUAUCGAGAGAUUAUGUCGGCUGGGCUUUGACAGAGAUCAGGCUAUCCAGGCUUACUUCGCAUGCGACAAGAACGAGGAGCUUGCUGCCAACUUCCUGUUCGACCAGGGUGACCUCGACGACCCGGCCGACAACUGA